ACGUGACCGUCCUACUCAUCCAUUCCGCCAAGGAACAGAUUGAGUGGAUGCGAGAACCGAGAACAAUUCCACGAAUGCAUUUCCUACAAAAUAUCGCAUCGAAUUCAAGUCCGAACCGCAGAAACAUUGUAGCACCAAACCGCUGGAUCAUUUAGUUUAAUCCAACAAACUACCUAAAGACAGAAGUGGCCAUUUCCACAAGUACACGACAGGCACAAUGGCAGAAAACAACUUCCCACCCCUGCCCCGUUUCAUCCCCCUGAAGCCAUGCUUCUACCAGGACUUCAACGAGAUCCCGGACCAGCACCGGACCAUGUGCAAGAGGCUCUACUACCUCUGGAUCUUGAACAGUGCCACACUGGCCGUGAAUCUCAUUGGCUGCUUGGCAUGGAUGUGCGGUGGAGGCGGAGCAACCAACUUCGGCAUGGCCAUCCUGUGGCUCAUUCUGUUCACUCCCUGCUCCUAUGUGUGCUGGUUCAGGCCUAUCUACAAGGCCUUCAAGACGGAUAGCUCCUUCAACUUCAUGGCCUUCUUCUUCGUGUUCAUGGCCCAGGUUGUGAUCAGCAUCAUCCAGACAGUAGGCAUCCCAGGCUGGGGGGUUUGCGGUUGGCUGGCCACCAUCACCUUCUUCAGCACCAACGUGGGCUCAGCUGUGGUCAUGCUGAUUCCCACCAUAAUGUUCACUGCAGUGGCCGUGUUGUCUUUCAUCGCACUCACCAGGGUCCACAACCUAUACCGCGGCAGUGGCGGCAGUAUGGGCAAGGCCCAGGAGGAGUGGACCACGGGCGCCUGGAAGAACCCCCACGUCCAGGAGGCCGCCCAGCAGGCAGCCAUGGGAGCGGCCCAGGGCGCCAUGCAGCAGAACAUGCAGCAGCAGAACAUGCAGCAGCAGAACCCGCAGCAGAACCAGUACUCUGCCGCCCCCACCUACAACUACGACGAGCCCAUGUAGGAGCGGGGAGGCGGAGGGGGGUGGGGUCGUGGCGGGAUGUUAGGGGCAGGGGGUGGGGGUGUGGUAUGGGAAGCCACAGCGGGAUCGAUUAAGAACACCAUUCACAGUUAGACCCCCCCUUCAUCCUGACGAUGUAGAGGCCUCCGUGUGAACGACACAGGUAGAGCAGUGGAUAUGCAUAGAAGGGGAUGCCAAACGUGUCAGUCAUACUUUACUGGGUUUUGUUUUGAAAUCGACUGCUGGUUUUAAAGGGGGACAGGUGGGGGGGGGGGGGGGUCGUCCUUUCGCCCCCUACACAAUACUUAGGUUUACUGUUCUACAACUACAGGUCAUUUAGUCCAACGCACUCCUUGAAUGCUUCACAGUGGUAAUCCGUUUUUUUAAUCACAACGCUGUAAAAAGAAGAAUGUUUAGUAGCAUUACCUACUGCCAAGAUUAGCAUUUAUUCUCUGUGUCCCCCCUUUAAACACGCGUCCUCCUUCUUUCCAUUUUGUGAAAAUCUGGAAUCUAAAUUUUCAAUUGUAAUAGAAACUAGAGAAUUUAUUAAAAAACGUCUCAAAUUUGCAAUUAGUCUCUUAUGAAUACAUUAAGAUGUGUAAACGAUUCUAAAUUUUGAGUCAAUACAUAUAUAUAUAUAUAUAAAGAUUGACAUUUCUCUUAAUGUCUCUUAUUAUAGGAUGACCAAGUUAGAUCAUGUAGAUGUUCGACAGCUAGGCUGAAAUUGGCUCACUAUUUUAAAGCCAUUUAAAUGUGUUAAUUCUGUACCAAUAAGAAUCGUCCUAGCCCUAGUAUUCCUCUGUUUUAAAGCAUCAAUUACUUUCUCAGGAAAGUGUGUGAGUUGGUUUUAGAUCUACAUGUGAAGUCACAGUCUGUCAUUGUCCUUAUAUUCCAGCCCUGUGGGCUAUUUUUUUAUAGUUUGAACCUUGUGAUUACAUAGUGACAUGUUUGUCUUGACCGACGUCGUACACUGACUUUGUGUUCGGAGCAAGCAUGUCAGGAUGUAGACCAAUGACAGUUGAGAAUCCAUCCAAAAGUGAGGCCCACAACAUGUUGACGUGUGUAGUUCCUUGGAUAACAUUCCAAAUUAAUGUUGUACAGUUUGAAGUUGAGGAGUAACCAAGACACUUCUGCCUUCUGAAUGGCAGUGGGGUACAAAUAAUUGAUGUUGUGCGUGGUCCAAGCAGUGUAUUAAGUGAUGGAUGUUAUACUUGUUGACUAAUUCUCUCUUAACUCCCCCCUAAAACCCCAACUGUAAAUUAUUACAUGGCUACUUAUUUCUCAACCUCUGGAUUUUUUGGGCGUCUAUGUAUGGCUGUUGUUAUUCCAUGAAUAGAUGUAGUAUGGUAUAUAUGAUAAUAUUAAAGGGUAUAAAUCCACUAAAAUAUACAAUUUUGGUCCUAAAAACUAGAACAGGUGAAACUCGAUUCUUUAAUUUCAAGACUCUACGGCUAUUCUUUGCAGUGAGUUAAUAGUUAGACUCAAUUCUCUUUGCUACCAAGUUGGCUUGGAGAUGUGUUUUGAGGAGUUCAUGAUUAUUACAGUAAUCCAGUGUUAGGCUCGACACAGCUGUGAAGCGACAUGUCGGAUUGCUAGUUAAUUCAAAACCUUUAAAUUGUCUUGUCUGAUUGUGCUGUGGUAUAUAAACAGAAUUUUUAUUUUUCCGUUUCUCCACUUUGUUGUUUAGUAUAGACUUUGUUAUGUGUUACGUAUGAUGUGUGGGUGUGUUUGUGGCACAUGUCCUGUGUGUCUUCCCAUAGCUACCUGCUACAGAUUUAAAGCACCUUUUAGUUUUUUUAAAGAAUUCAUGCUUACACUGAGUGAACUUAAAACUGCUGAUCUCAGUGCCAACCUAACUCGGCAUGACCGCAUAUGCAGUAAAGGAAUACAAACCGAAAUCUAUAUUUAGAAUAAUACAUGUAAGGAUAAAAUAAUAAAUGUCCUUUCCUGUUGGGGGUAUAAGUGUAUGAAAAUGUAUACGUGACCAGAAAUAUGGCGCUAAUAUUAAGUUUGUUUAACAUGCUGUGCUUUUAGGUGUGAAACUGUGAACAUCAUGCAAACGUCACAUAGUAUUUGCACCAACAACAGUACACAGGUGAAUAACUCAUAACUUUUACUCGCACAAAGUUCAUCUGACGGUUAUAAACAAGCCGGUAAUAAACAUCUGACAUGCACAAGGAGAACCUGGUUAUCCGUAUGAAGUAAGAUAAUUCCAGACGUAAGAAAGACGCAUUGAACCAUUACACCACAUCUAAACGUGUGUUAACGUCGGUACGCAUCUCUCAUUCUGUAUUGACCCGUGAUGUCACCGAACCUUCAUUGUUUUCUCCCAUCGACUGUGUGGUUUGGUAUGUAUUGCAAUGUAAGAGAUGAGUUAUUGCCAUGGAUAGAACACACUGUAAAGGAACACGAUCCCCGUGGUUGGGUUGGUAUGAGGAGAUUGUGUCUCCAAGCCGAAUGACGUAAAAAGGGAAUUACAUUUUUGUGUAUGACUUUUGUAUAAUUUGGUCCUACCCUAAUAGAUAUUAAACAGUUCUUGUUGCAUCCUGUCGUCUAGACUCU